AUGGCUAAGGCCGGGGUUGCUAUCUUUGAUCUUGACUUCGAUGCUAUCCUUGCUGCCAUGUAUGCUGUUGAUACUAGUGUUGCUGGCGACUGUUACCUGUGUGUACCGCCUGACCCGGGCAUUGAGGCUGCUGCUCUAGGUGGUGGUGAGGCUGCUGCUCAUGGUAGUAUUGCGUCUGCUGCCCCAGGUGCCAGUGCGUUUGCCGCCCCAGGUGCUGGUGAGUCUGCUCUCCCAGGUACUACGUCGGCUCAGGCCUUCCACACCUUCACCCUGGACUCGACCACCUCUGGCACCCUGUCUAGUCUCUACCUCCCCUCGUUCUCUACGAACUUGGUGAGUGGAGCGGACCUACAGGAUAGAGGGGUCGAGUCUCCUGCUGCUGCUGAGUCUGCCCAGGUAGCUGCGUUGAGUCAGAUGUUUGCUGCAGCGUCCAGGUCUGGUCCUCAGUCUGCCCCCUGCUCAUGUCGUCUUCUGUCCCACCAGACUCUCCUUUGGCACCACCGCCUUGGUUACCCCUCCUUGCCUCGUCCCCGAGGCAUGGCCUCCUGUGUCCUUGUCUCUGAUCUUCCUCGGUCUCUUCCUCCCCUUCCUCCGGGGCCUGGCCCUACCUGCGUCCCCUGCGUCGAUGGGCGACAGCGCGCCGCCCCUCACUCCUCCGAGUUUCCUCCGACACAGGCUCCGAUGCAGACUCUACACAUGGACGUCAGUGGGCAGGGGCGAGAGCAGUACAUUCUGCUGGUCGUUGACGACUACUCGCGUUACACCACAGUCUUCCCCUUGCGCAGCAAGGAUGACAUCACUAAGGUGUUGAUCGACUGGAUCCGCGCAGCUCGUCUCCAGCUCAGAGAUAGUUUCGGCUUGGACUUUCUUGUUCUGCGUCUGCACUCGGACAGAGGUGGGGAGUUUUCCUGUGCCUGUCUGGGAGCCUUCUGUCGUGCACAGGGCAUCCGCCAGACCUUCACGCUUCCGGCCUCUCCACAGCAAAAUGGGAUUGCUGAGCGCCGCAUUGGCAUGGUCAUUUACGUCGCUCGUACGUCCAUGAUGCAUGCAGCUUCCCCCAAUUUUCUAAGGCCGUUUGCAGUUCAUUACGCCGCGCAUCAGCUCAACCUUCAGCCCCGGGUCUCCUUGCUAGAGACCUUCCCUGCCUUGCGGUGGACCGGGAAGGUUGGCGAUGCGUCUGCGUUUCGGGUCUGGGGAUCUCGGGUGUUUGUCCGCGACUUGUCUACAGACAAGCUGUCCCACCGUGUUGUUCCUUGCGUUUUCCUUGGCUGCCCCCCUGAUGCGCCUGGGUGGCAGUUUUACCACCCCACCUCACGCCGUGAUCUGUCCUCCCAGGACGUCAACUUUGACGUGUCGGUAGACGCGAUCGAGCCUGUCGAGGUAGCUGUUGACUCUGGUGAUGCUAGAGGUGCUGAGCCUGCGGGUGCCAGGUCUCGGGGUGCUAGGUCUGGGGGUGCUCAGACUAGGGGUGCUGAGCCUGGGGUUGCCCGGAAUGCUGGGUCUACUAUUGUGGCCGCCGGUGGUGCUUCAUCGAGGCGGGAGCCACUCUCUCCACAGGAGUUGCGCGAGUGGUUCGCCCGCCGCUGGAGACGUGCUGCUGAGUCUGGGGGUGCUGCUGGAGCUACUAAAGUUGGUCCUGCUGGAGCUGCUGUCGGUGCUGGUGCUGCUGGAGGUGGAGCUUCUCGGGGUGUUGGCGCUGGUGUUUCUACUGGUGCGCGUGCGUCUGGGGGUGCUACUGAGGCUGCUGGUGCUGACGGUCCUACUGGAGUUGGUGCUGCUGGAGUUGGAGCUGCUCGGGGUGUUGGCGUUGGCGGUGUUGCUGGCGCUGGUGCUUCUAAGGGUGCUGGAGUUGGCGCUGUUGGAGCUAGAGGUGCUGCUGGCGCUGGUGCUGCCGCUCGGGGAACUGGUGCCGUCCUUGCUGGUUCUGGAGGCGCUGAGCGGCCGAGGCCGUACUUCGUUCCGCUGCUGGAGCAAGUUCUUGGUCUCCCGCCCUCUCCUGGUCCUGCUCCUCCCUUAGAGUGUCCACAGCCUGUCCACUCGCAGUCACAGUUGAAGCCUGCCUCCCCGCUACCUGCUCCUUCUCCCUACACUGGUUCUACUGGAGGUCUUGCUGAGCGUCGUUGGCCUGCGUCUCAUCCUGCGUUGCCUGUUCGUGCUGCUCGCACUAGUCAUCGUGCUACGCGUCCGCGUCCUUCUGCGGUCCCCAGCACACACCAGAUGGCACUACAUCUUUCCAUUUCUCCUCGGCGUGUUCCGUUGCCGUCUCCUCCAGAGUCCUCUCUUCCUUCUCUUGCUGACCCGGAGUCUAAAUUCCUUCGUGCUGCUAGUCCUUCAGUCACGCGCCUUCUUGCUACUGUUGUCACUGACCCUUCCUUUGAGUCCACUGCUGCGUCCGCUCUAGUUGCUCAGCUUGUCGACUUCGCUGCUCGCUGUCGUCUAGACAACGCUGCUAGUCUCGUUGCUGAGUCUGAGUCUGUCUGUCCUCUGUCCGUCGAGGGUGAGUGUGCUCUUAGCACGCACGUCUUUGAGGACAGGCAGGAGGAGUUCCAGUGCUUUGCGGCUGCUUUGCCCCAUCUCGUUUCCACGCUGAUUGCCCCUAAGGGAGACCCGGAUGCACCAGACAUCCCGACUCCUAGAUCGUACGCGGAGGCGAUCGAGGGUCCCUACUCCUCUCAGUGGCUGUCAGCCAUGGACGCAGAGAUGGCUUCCUGGAAGUCCAGAGGCACCUACGUCGACGAGGUUCCCCCACUUGGGGCGAACAUCGUCAGUGGUAUGUGGAUUUUCAGGGUGAAGCGGCCGCCGCGUUCUCCGCCUGUCUUCAAGGCGCGUUACGUGGCUCGAGGCUUCAGUCAGCGGCAGGGAGUUGACUACUUUCAGACCUUCUCGUCCACCCCGAAGAUGACCACUCUUCGGGUGCUUCUGCACAUAGCCGCUCAGCACGACUACGAGCUUCACUCUCUUGACUUCCCAAUUAGGGGUCGGGCAGUGGACUUUGAGGUCUGGGUAGAUGAUCUGCAGCUUUUCCUGCAGUGCAAUAGGGGAGACGGCCUCUCCCUGUUUGACCUCACUUCUCGUGCCUCCCCUGCCCCUGCUGCUGAUGCUAACGCCACUGUUCGCUCUCAGUGGGCCACACGUGUUGCUGGUGCUCGCCUUGCUGUGCGCCGCCACCUACUGACCACUGAGCGUGCACACUUUAGCCAGUACAAGAGUGCUCAGACCUUGUACGAUGCUGUAGUUGCACGCUACUCUUCCCCUGCCACCGCUGCACUGAGCCGCCUCAUGCUACCGUACCUCUUCCCUGACCUUCCUGCCUUUCCCACUGUCGCUGACCUCAUUACGCACCUCCGCACUAGUGACACUCGCUACCACGCUGCGCUUCCUGCUGAGUUCUACACCAAUAACCCCCACCCCCCCCCCCCUCAUGUACAUCACCCUCUACUACAUAGUCACCCGGCUCCCUGA